AUGCCUUCCGCUAGAAUGUGCUCACGAAUAGUCAUCCGGCUUUCCCGAACAUCCAGCAACUUCCCUUCGGUCAUCUCUAGGUCAAUCAAGUUUUCAGCCAGUACAACUCACUCUGAGAAUGAUCCAUUCACGGUCGUCGAUAGAUUAAAUGGAAACCACAAGGCCUCGCCCCAAAAACUUUCCAAAGGAGCCACCUACUCAUCACCAUCAAACUCGGUCCCACUCUCCCUGACAACUGGUUCGCCCGGUCAAUCUAGUGCCAUCGAAUCGCAUCCAUCCACAUCGGCUCAGGACCUGCAUCCACUCCCCUCUUCGACAAAUCUUCCUGAAGCUAGUUCAACUAAUACUAGUGAGAGCAGUGACCAAUAUGCUAUAGAAUCCGACGAUCUGGGUGAUGCAACAGUCGACUGGAGUCGCAGCUUCAGCGGUCUUAGUCAGAAACCUUUUGCGAGAGAAGCUUCAGAUAUCUUAAUGGCACCGAUUGACCCAAUGGAUGUGGAAAUCAAGCCGGACGGCGUGAUUUAUCUUCCGGAGAUCAAAUAUCGACGUAUCCUCAAUCGUGCAUUUGGGCCUGGUGGAUGGGGCUUAGCACCACGUGGAUCCUCACACAUCACGAUGAAAAACGUGUCAAGAGAAUAUGGCCUAGUAUGUCUAGGAAGGUUAGUUUCUUUAGCCCGCGGAGAACAGGAUUACUAUAAUGGGACCGAUAAUAUCCCGACGGCGACCGAAGGAUGUAAAUCGAACGCGUUGAUGAGAUGUUGCAAAGACCUCGGAAUUGCGAGUGAAUUGUGGGACCCAAAUUACAUUCAAUGGUGGAAAAAUAAAUAUGCCACUGUCGAAUGGGUCGCCGGUACAGGCCUCUCGGCUGGUAAAAAGAAAUCAAGCUGGAAAAAGAAGAAGUUGGACGAAUGGAAGCCGAGAUUACCGUCCAAUUAG